UGUGUGUGUGUGUGUGUGUGUGUGUGUGUGUGUGUGUGUGUGUGUGUGUGUGUGAUAGCUAGAGAGAGAGAGAGAGAGAGAGGGAGGGAGGCAAGAGUAAGCCAGUCACAGCAUCUCUCCUUCUCACUGCACCAGGGUUGAGGGAGUCUUCGUCCCUUUGCUUCCCCCGCUGCAGAUUUUACUCAUUUCCAUCAGCGCAGUCAUCUUUUUUUCUCCUGCUUUUUUACUUGCUUUUGACAGAUGCAUUGCUUUCAUCUCUUUCUGUGUGCCAAGAUCUGAGGAUUUAUCUGCUAACAACAUGGGUUGCCCUGUUUAACGGAAUUAAAAUGCGGACGCCUGCAGAGGACAGUGCUUAAGACUGGGACUCCAAACGAUACUUCUUUGUGUUGCUUGAGUGGAUUCCCCUUUUGUUGCAAUGCCGGUAUUUUGUACAAGGCAACAGACACACUGAGAGAGGAGUUUAAAACAAGGCUGUACUUAGCAUCAAUAGAUAAUACUUGAAUUGACUAAUUCGAGUUAGAAAGUCUAUGAUGGCAUUAGGCACUUGAGGAGAAGUUAGUAAAACUGUUCCUGCGGAUUCUUCAGAAGGUCACAGCAAAAAUGCUAAUGAGUUGAUGGGAUAAAAAAGUGGAAUUUUGAAUGAUCCCCACACCCCUCUCUGCAAGCGUCUGCCACAGGAUUGCUGAGGAGCCAAAGUGAGUGGAGCGCUGAGUUAUUCAGCCGGCCUCUUAUUGCUCCUGGAGAGUCCUUUCACCUGCCUCCACGGAACUCAGACAUUCAACGCUUUCAUCAACUACUGGCGUUUUACAUUUGUUUAUCUUUUGCAAAUUGCAGUCCAGAACACUGAGAGGCAAGUUUGCAAAUUUGGAUUUAAACUGCACAUCACUUUAAUGGCAGUACUCAUCUAGACAUUUUAAUGCGCUUGGUUGUUACCUUAUUCUGCCUGAGGAUGCCUUGUAAACACAUUUUCCUCCCAGCGCCAUGUGUGUUGAGAGAGCUGUGACAUUAUCUCCUGCGGAGAUCCCCUUGUUGUUCUAGCCUGUGUCUGUGUUUUGAUUCAGACAAUAGCUGGACAUUCAUGGGCUCCAGACACUGACCAGCGGACCACCAAAAUAAGGGAAGCCUGCUUUAACAUAGUAAACACACGAGCACAUUGAAACUUUGGAUGUACGAGAUGGAUGUAAUUAUACACCAAGAGAGACUCUCCAAAGUAGCUUUUUCUCUCCCCAGGAAAUAGUUGCUUAAAUGUAUUUUUUUUUAAAGGUAACUGCACACUGUAAAUUUGAUCUGAUGUUCUCCUCCCUCAAAUCUUCUGUGUUCUCUGCCCUUGUGAGGACAGUUUAUGCUGUGAGUCUCCCGAUGGCAACCCUCAUUAAAAUCAGGAGAUGGGGCCACUGACUGGCAGGCAAAGCAGCCGGGAAACUCGCCUUUGGGAUAGAUGCUGGCCACAGCACAAUCGCUACUCUGCCUUAGGUUUACUGAAGGAAUACAGCUUUUUUCCCCCUCUCACUCCUGACUGUUACCCACCCACUACUUUCACUAACCAUGAGUGAUUGGAAAAGGAGGGCUGAAUGGCUUGUCCUACUAUUCCAUAGUCUUUAUUGAUUUUCCUCAAGUCAGUGUUCAUUUGAUUGAGACCCAGCUAUGUGAGUGUACGGUGAAAGAGAGAAUGAUUGGAGAGUAUUGAGCUCUGUUAACUGAGGGCGGUUGCAGAUGCCCAGUAAAGAGCGGGAGGAGGCAGGCAGUUCUCCAGUUUCAGGCCAGCUGCCGUAUGGGUGGCACACCACAAACCUGACCCACCUGGAUAGCACCCAGAACAAUGAACCAGUCUGAACUGACAACGGACCCAGUGCUCACUGCCAACAGCAGCCAUGGAGACUUCUUUCAUGGACGGACCUCCAACCACUCUUGUCCCUUGGGCUGGGGGCUAAAUGAAGGCCUAGAGACUUGCGUCCUGGAGACUGCUGUCAUUGUACUUCUGACAGUGCUCAUUAUUGCAGGGAACCUGACAGUGAUCUUUGUGUUCCACUGCGCCCCCCUACUACAUCAUUACACUACCAGCUACUUCAUCCAGACAAUGGCGUACGCCGAUCUGCUGGUGGGUCUUAGUUGCCUGGUGCCCACCCUGUCUCUGCUCCACUACCCAGCAGGUGUCCAGGAGCCCAUCACGUGCCAGGUUUUCAGCUAUGUUAUUUCUGUGCUGAAGAGUGUUUCGAUGGCCUGCUUGGCUUGCAUCAGCGUGGACCGCUACUUGGCCAUUACAAAACCACUAUCUUACAACCAGCUGGUGACACCAUGUCGGUUACGAGGCUGCAUCACCCUCAUCUGUGUCUACUCGAGUCUGGUUUUCCUGCCCUCCUUCUUCGGGUGGGGUAAGCCAGGAUAUCAUGGGGACAUUUUUGCGUGGUGUGCUCACUCUUGGCCAACUUCUGCCCUUUUUACAGGCUUUGUAGUUUGCCUGCUCUAUGCACCUGCUGCACUUGUUGUCUGUUUCACCUAUUACCACAUAUUUCGCAUUUGCCAGCAGCACAACAGGGAGAUCAGUGAACGACGAGCACGUUUUCCAAGCCAGGAGAUGGAGGCUGGUGAGGGGGGUGGCAGUGGUGGGCAUCAGGGAGGGCACGGACCGGAUCGACGCUAUGCGAUGGUGCUCUUCCGCAUCACCAGUGUUUUUUAUAUGCUUUGGCUGCCCUACAUCAUCUACUUCAUGCUAGAGAGCUCCCAUGUGCUGGCCAGUCCUGCCAUUUCCUUCAUCACCACCUGGCUGGCCAUUAGCAACAGCUUUUGCAACUGCGUUAUCUACAGCCUCUCUAAUAGUGUUUUCCGCCUGGGCAUGCGUAGACUCUCGCAGACAAUUUGCUCUUUCAGCCACUGUGCAGCCGAUGACAGGGAUUUUGCGGAGCCUAAACCAAGGAAGAGGGCAAACUCCUGCUCCAUCUGAAGGUGUGACCUCCUCAGGACGAGAACUCUCCUGGAAUCUAUCAUUGGGAAAUCUUAACAGGCUUAGCGGCUUGUUAACUUUCAGGGUUAAACUGGCAGAAAGUAAACAGAGAAUACUGUCUGUUAACUGACACUAGUGACUUUGCUUUGGUCCCAAUUAUCCAUCGUUCAUUGCAUUACCAGGUUUUAAGAGUUGGAUGUAGUGUCUAAACAGACAGAGUUAAUGAGAGCUUGGCACCCAGUGAUGGCUUUUAUUCUAUGCUAUGUGACAUAGGUGUUGAUCAGAUAGAAAGUAGUCUCACUAUGGUUUUCACAGCUUUUACAUCUGACUAUAAGUCAUUAACCACCUAGUUAGAAGAAAAAGAAAAACAAUCCUCAGACAGCAAAAGUGACUCACUCUAUUUCAGCCCUGUGACAUUUUGUUAGUGUUUGUCAAUCCAAUUGACCUUCUACUGGAUGUCCCCUCAUUUUCUGAUGUAUGCCUGUCAUUAGCAGAUACAAGACAACUUUCACUUACUUGUGCUCAUAUACCUGUUUAAAGAUUGUAAAUUCAUAUGAGAAUUUGUAACUGGACGAACACACAAAGUGACAAUGAUAACAGCCAGUAUGCUGCUGAUAAAUAUCCGAUGUGUUUAGCCUUGACUGUUCAAGAGGAAAGUGAAGAGUUCUUUUUCUGCUAAGGUAUUUUGAAAGAUAUUCAUGAUGCACUGGUCAGGUAUUCUGCCACUACUGAUAAAGUCACCAAUCUGACAGCUGGUUGAAACUGAAUCAUGCUGUUUACUCAGACCUUCUGCAGAACCUACUAGAUGAUCAGUCAAUGAACAGCCAUCUUCAAGAGUAAGAUAUCUAGUAUUGCUCUGCAUAGAUAGUUGUGCAAAACUUACUUCUACAUGACCAUGUUCGGGCCAAGGACUGUAAAGCUUCAGAGAGGAGUUGUGAAACCUUUAAAUCAGUUAAAAUCACCAAAACUUUACAUAUUUACAAAUCUAUACUAUGGAGAGUCACGUUUUUUCAUACAUUAUAAUACAUUGCCUACCGCAGUAGUGUCACCUGGGUCAAAUUGUCCAUAGAUGAAGCUGCUUCCAUUGUGUACCAAUUAAGAUAUAAGAUGAUUAUCGUUGGCCACCAAUUAAUUGGUGCAUCACAGAAAAAAAGCACCUUAUAUGCCUGGUUUCACACAAACGCGUCUGUAUUGAGGACCUUGAUACAGUGGCGUGAGUGUUGAGGGCAGUGAACUGAUGCUCUCGGCAGAUAACUAGCCAGCACAGUGUUUUUCCCCAAGGGUACCCUUUGGCAUAAAAUAGCUCAUCAGAGCCAGGGUUCCCACCAUUGGUGUGACAUUCCUGAUAUGGCUGUGUUAUGAGUAUUCUGCUAACAGUUUGAUGCAUGAGUGCUCAUGACAGCCAUUUCAAACCAGUAAAUAAAUAUUACAUCCCUCUUCCCCUGUGUACGGAGGGCCAUGUUCACUGGAUAGAACUGGCAAAAUCAUCCAGUAUUAUCUAACAACGUAUUUCACAUUUUCUUUUUUUUCAGUCCUGACCUGAAGAUGUAGCUUGGUUUGAGGUGCUUUGCAUCAGUGGCACGGUGUUAUAUUUAUUUAGGUUGAUGGUGGAUUUUAUUCCCUAGCAGCAGUGAUCAGCGGCUCAGGUUAAUGUGACCUGAUCUGUCUAGAGGUUGCUGUGAGGUUAAAACUGAACUGAUCUGAAAUUACAUGCUUAAUUGUGAUAAAGGUGUAAGGCUAUCAGCUUAUCUUGUGUUGGGUUUGUUUUGGGCUGGUGAAUGAACACAGUAUUUGGUGUGCACUCAUCACAUGGCCAAACCGAACUAGGAGUUUAAAAUUGAGGGAAAUAAUAUUGAAUUUUAAGCUGGGGUUGUUGAAAUGGAUACAUGAAACAGAUGACUGUACUGAGAAGAGCAAACUAAAGGUUUAGGAGUCCUUAACUGUUUAUAUUUUUUUUUAAGAAGGGGAUUUAACUUAAUUAUGCUAUAAUAAAUAGAUUUUCUGCUCUUGUAGCUAGGAGACUGUUUCCCAAUCCUUUUUGAUUGACAAUGCAGAUGAUGUGUGCUGGUGAAGCAACCUCCCAGACUGCCUUUGGUUGUGAUUCUCACCCUUUGCUGCAGCACAGUACUAUAGUCAUUCCAGUCAAUUUACCUAGUACACAUUCCCUCGAUCAUUGGAUCAGUGUCAAAAUGUAAUUCAUUUUGCAAGAAUACAGCCACGUACUAUAGCCAAUGAUUUCUCUCUUUGCUUAUAUAGUAUUCCGUGCUUUAGGCCUUGCUUGUUGUGUAUAUUUGGCCACGCUAGAAACCAAGUGACCCUAACCCAGUCCCUUGAUAUCGUUACUGUUGUUCCAUUCUUUGCUGCUGAACAGUACCCAGUGCAAGUCACUUUAAAGCUGCAUUAAGUGAUUUCUUUGACCACUAGAGGCAGAAAGACUCUGAGCCUUUUCCUUAUUAUAUUUAAGUCACAUGUUAGCAAGCAAUUGUUAAUUGACACACCCUGCAGCAACCGAUCUACAUGAGCAUUCCAGUAGAGUCUUUCUGGCCACCUUAUGAAUGUAAGUAAAUUUUGUUUUCAAGCCAAUCGUCUUUUGGGUUACUCACAUGCUCUAUUUUCUUCACCAGCUACUUGUUUACUUUAGCUCUUUGCUAUUUUGCAUGAGGUUUGUAACGUGCAGUCAACUUGAAAUAGUUAUGUGCUGGUAGUUGCUGCCCAUGGUUUAUACUCUAUGUGCCAGCAUUGGUUUGGUUUUGUUGGUUCAGACAACUGAGAUAACCGAAUCGUUGAGGUAAAAGCAGCUGUGUAAAGGGGUGUUGAGUCUCAUAGAGAUCAUCAGCAUCCAUCACCCCUUAACAUAAUCAGGAAUUAUUUGAUUCAUUGUUAAUUUCUUAAAAAAGUAUUGCUUUAUGCAGCUUUAAUGCAGUACAGAUUGUUCUGUAUACGUGCCUAAAGAUGUAUUUUGUAGGAAAAGUGAAAAAAAAAAAGAUGCUGAGAAGUAAUUACUGUUACAUGGACAUGCUGCACUUUUUAAAAAACUUUUUCCAACUACAUGAACAUACCUUGUACCUAUUUAGGUUUAUAAAGGUACAUAUGAUUUAAUUUUUCAUGACUUUGAGAUAGGGUUUCCACUUAAACCAAUAAUAGGUCAAGUCAAUCAUUUAUCACAGUCAAACUGACUACUAUGUUCAAGUGGGUUCAUGUUCUAUUAUCUGACAUCGACAUCAUAUCUGUAAGAUACAAGGAGACACCAGAUUUGUCUGAGUCUUGUGAUUUCCCUUUUUUACCUAUAUGACCUAAAGAACAACAGUAGGAAAUCACAGCCUAGCCUUGUGAUUUCUUUAUAUUCAUUUUGAUAGCUCGAGUUGUUUGUUCUCUUUUGGAGCAGAGUGCCGUGAGGUAGUAGAUGAGGUUCAUAGGGUCUAAAUUAGUGCUGUAUUAUCAUAACAGUCUGGUGACAAAACAACAACACAACACUAUAUAUGAUGGGAAACAAAAUUCUGUGAUGACCUUAAAAUACAAUAGCUUUGUUGUUACCAUAUAAUGUGCAAGUUGGAAUAUUCUAUUAAAGUGGAGAUUACAGUAUUUGGUCAGAUGUUGCACAAAUAUGCAUUCCUUUGUUUGGCUUUAUUUUGUAGAAGGUUAUGUAAUGUAUGUGUCUUGGUUCAGGGUUUCAAAAAUCCAAAAGCCAUUAAUUGAAUAUUUAAAACAAAUAAAUUGUUAAUAUGUGUCUGUAUUACAAUGACCAAACUGACGUGUUUAGAAACUCAAAACUGUUCAAACAAGCUGUCCUACUUUGAAGUGAAUUGAUAGGGACUUUUAUAUUAGAGAGAUUAGUAAAAAGUUUAAUUAAAGGUCAACAUGUAUUUAUUUAUUAAAUUAUGUUUAUACCUUUAUGCAAUAUACUGUAUAUGGGUAUAAUGUAUGUAAAGUGUGUGUAUGUUUUUAAACUGCUGUAUAGCCAAAAGACACUUCUGAAAAAAAAAAAAAAAAAAAAACUGACAAAGGUGUGGCACACCCAUUUGUGUUAAAUCAACUAGGCUGCUAAUGAUUUAAGUAGGAGGCAGAGUGUGUUAAAUUGCACAGUAUCUAUUUUUUUAUUUUGAAAUUUUGUCAAAGGUUAUGGUUUUGCUGUUGCUGCCAAUCCAAUAAAGAUAAAAAAAAUAGUGGACAUUGACAUUUGUGAAGUCGCUUUUGUGAAAAAUGUGUGCGUCUGUGGGGCCAAUCACUAUUUAGCCAGACUUCAGAGCUGCCCUCUUGUUUCCUCCUCUUGGCUUGAGAUAUGGACUCGUGACUGAUUCUCCUGACUUGAUGGGAUCUGUGCUAUAAGCCAAAACCUGCCUCUGCAAAAACAAUUAAGCUGCCUUUAACCAAGAUGGUUGGAGAGAGAAUAUUUUUUUUAAUUAGUUAGUGUGUAAGUAUCAAUGUAAGUAGGAUACGUGUGUAUCUGCAUGCAUAAUGCAAAUCUAGUGACAAGUAAAAUCGAUUUAGUUUUAUCUUCUAUCUGAUAAGCAGAUCAAAUAUCCAAGUGAUUGGCCACCCUCUAAUUUUACAGCCAUUUUGUCAGCGAGUGAAACCCUUUGGUGGAAUCUAAAGUCACUUUCCAAAGAAGUUCUGGCUUCUGAAGGUUGCACCAGAAAUCCCAGUU